AAAACAAAAACAAAGACAAAAACAACAAUAAUGAAAGAACACUGCAGCGAUUCGCCGUCAGAGAUGUCGAAGGGAAAAGGCUCGUCGCUCAAGUCGCUAAAAUCCCUGUUAAAAAAGCCCGGUCAGACUAAACCGAAGGGUCAAAAAAACCGCGUGGUGAUAAACGAGAAGCUGAACGAAUUCUUCGCCGCGGAUUAUAUAAUCCUUAUCAAAGAAGAAUGCUGCGCCGAUUACGAGGAGGAAUGCGACUGCUGUUGCCAGGAACACGAGAUGAUAAGGCUGGGUAACUGCAAGGAGUGCAGGGCCGAAUUGAACCUUCAAUUCGCAGGGAGCGGGCGUCCUCUCGACCCCGAUGCUUCCGGGGGCCAGGAACAGGUGUUCGCCACCGCCGACGGCCUCGAGGAUGUCGACGUGAGGAUCGCCGCGAUAGAAGGGCCCCCCAGGAGUCAGCAGAUCCAAAAACAGCUACAUCCGCAGCAGCAGGAAACCCUCAGUCCCCCCGAGGGAUACAAGGACGUUUGCGACGAGGGAGAAUCCGACGAGGUCGAUCAUCACCCAGUUCACCCCAUUUGCGCCGAGUGUAAUUACUACCAUCAACAGACUGCGGAGACAGAACCAGAGGAGUCACAAACUAUAAAUGCAGGCGCGAACGGUAUCGACAUCGAACCGAAACGCAACAGUCCUGAUGACAAUCUAAUCACCGACGAAGAUGCUAUCCAGGACACCAGCGAUCAGGCCCAGCAAACAACUCCGGAUCUUCAUCAGCGUUAUCUAGUCGAGACAAUCACGAUGACAACGGUUACGGAACGUCGAAUCGUUCGCGAAUUGGGCGGAGAGGACGGAAACGGUGGUAGUGGUGGUGGUGGUGGUGGUGGUGGUGGUGGUGGGGUCGUCGUCGAGGAGGGCGAUAGCGGCGCUAAGAGGGUCUCGGGUAUCCUGAAGAACAACAAACUGGCAAACAGCCCGCAUUCAUCAUCGGACUCAAAGGACGAGGGUUCUGUGCGUUUCGAGAAUAUGUCAACAGCGGUGGCGAAACCUGGGGGCGGCGGUGAGGAUGAACAACAGCAACGGCAGCAGGAUAACGCCGGCGGUAAAGUGGUUCACAAGGUGAUCGGAGCGGCCGAUUUGACGGAGAAGGAAUCCGGGGAUGGUGACGCGGCGGAAUUAUCCCUGACGUUUAAACUCGGCAAUGUGUCCUUGGUGUCGAACAGUCUGAAGCCGAAUUCCGCGGUUAGGCAGCUCUUCCCAGAUCCAAGAUUCAUAUCGCCGCCUCCGGCGCCGAACAAGUCGGUACUUCCGGCUGGGGUCGAGGACCAUCAGUCCCGGGACGAGGAUGAUCCGGAGGGGCAAAAGUUCCUCAUAACGACAGAGAGUCUCAGGCUAUUCGACGCCGUCAAGAGGGCGAAACUGGCUGGUGGCGUGCAGGGCGAGGUCGACGGCGAACCUACGACUAUCCGGAAGACUAUAGAACGCAACGCCCUGAGACGGAGUCUGAUAUCGAAGUACGAACCGAACGCCAAGAAGAAGAGUCUCCGGUCCAAAGAGUUCACCCUGGAGGAAAGGAUUCGGCAGUUGACUUGCCUCGACCUUGACGACCGCGACAACGAGAGCAGCGCCUCCGAGAACACGACCACCGGUGACAGCUGCAGCGACUACCUGGACUUUCCCGUCCGGACGUCACCCUCGGGCGAAGAAGCCAAGAGCGACUCGUCCGCUCGCUGCGUUUCCGUCACGACGACGGCCGUCUCCUGCACACUGUCGAACUCCCUGCAACAGGUGAACGUCGGUCAGGGGAACAACCCGUCGCCGCAGGGGAACAUGCAGCACCAAUCGACGUACAGGAAGAUCACGGAUCUUUUCGCCCAGAAGAAGAUUGACGCAGCGAACGAUUCGAUGAUCAGGAAUCUGCCCGACCUCGGCAUCGGGAACAAACUUGGUCAACAGCCGGGGCGCGAGUAUAAUACCGCGGGUAAGACGCCGAUUGCGAAGAUGAACUCGGACGCGCGUAAGCAGUUCCUGGCCAGUCUGGCACCGCUGUCAUGCGUCGCGGGUACGGGGAUCGAGAACCGCGAGGACUACUACCAGUUGUCAUCGGCCAAGAUGACCAGCUCGGGGAACAGCCGGGACUCCGUCGGCGGCUACAACUCGGACUCGUCCUACAGCCUGGAGGAUAUCGAAGCCGCGCUGCGGGGCGAAGAGAGGAACUACAGGAACGCCGGUGGUCCGCCUGACGUUACGAGGGGAACGCCGACCAGCACAGCCGGCGACGAGGACUCGGCCACUGACGAACUCAUGGCCUUCGUUGAGCAGGACAAGACGCGAACGGAGCGUAUAAAGAAGCGGUACAACGAAACGGAAGAGACGCAGCAGCAGCAGCAGCACGAGGCCGAGGAUGAGGACGACGAGCUCAACGACUACGGGUUCAACCGACGACCCUCGGUACGUGGUAUAAAACCGAAGUUUGGUUCGACUAAUGAGAUUCUACGGCAAUUGCAGUCACGCAGCGUAGCUCCUGGAGCGCUUAUCGAGGCUGGUAAAGCCGGGUCUCAUUUGUCCUGGCCUUCGUAUUACAACGAGAACGAGGUGAUCGGGGACAAAUCAUCAUCCUCGUCGUCGUCGAGGAUAUUUGUCCAGGACGAGGAGGACGAUACUUAUCACACGAUCACCGACGGCAGGGAUAGCAGCAAUACGAUAAACCGUAUAAACACGAUGCAGCGUCAGAUAGACGACAUAUAUCAGACCAUCGCCGAGACCGCUGCCAGUGUUCAAGGAUCUCUGACCCGUGGCUCGUACCUCGAGAGCACGCUGCCCAGGUCGGCCACCAGACCUUCGGUUAACGGGGACUGUGGUCAGCGGUAUAACCCGGGCAGCGGGGACCAGACGAAAAUUAACGGUCAACAUCCACACACCCUUGGAGCUAGGAUGCUGCGAAUAGCCGGCGGCGGUGACCCGGGUCAGGGCACGAUGUACAACACGCUUCCGGGAAAGUCGACGCGGCGUCAUACCCUCGGAUACCAUUGCGAGAUCGGCACCGUAACUCCGGGUCUACAGCAGCCACAGCAGCAGCAGCAGCAGCAGCCGGAGGCAAAGUGUUACCGCACGAUGUACCUCCUACCCUACAACGGAAUGUCCGAUCCCACCUACCAAAACAUCCAGAGAAUCCUUCCGGCGCAUGCCGCACCUCCUGCGAACUACGCCAACCACGUUGAUAGGUAUCCUUACCCGAGGAACAAUCUCUGCAGGAAAAUCGAGGAUCCAUCUACCCGUUACUACGCGGCUCGUCCUGUUUCCGCCAACCCCACGACGGCGUCGCUCUACUCCUCGCAGUCGGCCCAACUACACCUUCAUCUGCAUCAACCGGUCGUCCAACCGGAGGAAAUGCGUGUACCGAACACGCUUCCUGUACACCAUAACGUUCAUUCCAUUCAUCAUCAGCACCAAAAUCCUCCCGGUUACGGUCUACAGUCGGUACCUUAUUCGGCCUGCGCGAAUCCGGUUGUUCAACGUGGCGCUGGUCCCGGGGGAGGAGGUGGAGGAGGAUAUCAUUAUCAGCUGCACCUGGGACGAGGAGCAGCCGAUGUCCAGACGCAAACCGGAAUGAUAAACGCCCUGCCACCAACCUGUUCGACCUCAUCUUCGGCGACCUCGUCGCCGAUGUGUGCGGCUUAUAGCAAUAACAACGCCGUCGUCGUACCGGGCGGAACUCUUGCGAACAACACGGUCUUGGCAUCGCCGACUAAGAUCCAGCAACACCAUCAUCAUCAUCAUCAUCAUCAGCAGCAGCAACAGCAGCAGCAACAGCAACAGCAACAGCAGCUACGAGCCGUAUGCAACGUUGCCGAACGCGGCGUUCCCGAGGGUGCUGCAAGCGCACCGUCCCAUGAUUUUUUGCAGAAUAAUUCGAACAAUCAGGUUCAUCACGCCAAUCCUGGCACGAUGAUCGGACAUUCGAACAACGGACCGCCGCCGAAUACACAGAAUUCCGUUUACUACGCGAUGAACGUUUAGAGAGUACGUAUAUAUAUAUA